UGUGAUGGCCACCGCUUCCCGCAGCUCCCAUUGGCCAGGAAUGGUGAACCGCGGCCAUUGGGAGCUGCAGGUGGCCGUGCCUGCGGAUGGUCAAUGUAAACAAACUGUCUCGUGGCCCGCUAGCGGAUUACUCUGACGGGCCGCAAGCCAAAGGUUGCCGACCCCUGCUCUAGCUGAUGUUACAUUGAUGUGUGUGACCAGGACGCAGAGACGGAGCUUGUUCAGAAAGCCAAAGGGUGAUGUUAUUCACUGGAAUGCCCCCCACUGCCCCGAGGUAGCGAGAUCCCCAGAAUACCCUCACCUGGGACAGAUGUUGCUGGGAGAUGGAGCUGCUUUCCCCAAAGCAAUAAGUGGCCUAAGCUCAAGAGCUUUGCCUGCACUGGCUUGUUUUCCUUAAUACCUCCCUUCUUAUUUAUUCAUUCACUGGGAUUACGGUAACACCUAAAUGCCCAAACCAAGAUGGGGGCCCCAAUGUACUGGGCCCUGGACACACCAAUAGUGAGAGACCAUCUCUGCCCUGGAGAGCUUCGUACAAUCUAAACAGACCAGACAGCAGCUCGGGGGUUUUAGCUCAGAGACUGUAGGGAAAAUCCCUUCCCUUUGGCUGUAUGUUAGGCAGCAGUGAGGCCUGUUACCUCCUCCCUGCAGCUCCAUGGCACUGUCACUGCAUCACACGCACACGCCAUCUGGUUUGUUAUUUCUCCUGUUCCCCAGACCCAGCUAUGAUGAUGGGGAAGGUUCCCUCCUUCUCCCCCGGCUCCACAGUGAGCUCCGCUCUGCCCGGCUACGUCGCUCUCUGCCUCGCUCUACAGGUGCAGAGGCUGGUGUCAGCACAGUUCACAGUGACUGGACCUGAUCGUCCAAUCACAGCAUCUGUCAGUGGGGAGGCCGUCCUGCCCUGCCACCUCUCCCCCAGGAUGAGCGCUCAGAGCAUGGAGGUGAGAUGGAUCCGAUCCCAGGACUCUGCAGUUGUGCACCUGUACCAAAAUGGGCAGGAUCAGUAUGAAAAUCAGAUGUUGGACUAUCAAGGAAGGACAGAGCUGCUGAAAGAUGACAUCACCAGUGGAAGUGUUUCCCUGAGAAUACGUUAUAUCCGACCUUCUGACGAAGGUCUGACGCUUGUUUAUUUCAAUCACUUACCUUUUUUCAAGGCGCCUCAGUGCUCCUGCAGGUGGAAGGUUUGGGCUCUGGCCCUGACAUCUCUGUGGAGGGACAUCAGGACGGAGGGAUCAAGGUGGUGUGUCGUUCAUCCAGAUGGUACCCACAGCCCGAGGCUCAGUGGAGAGAUCUUCAGGGGCAGUUCUUACCAUCAGCCUCUGAAAACAUCCCAAGCAGCCGGUGGCCUGUUUCAAACAGAGAUUGCCAUUGUUAUAACAGAAGAGUCCAACCAGAAAGUGUCCUGCUGUGUUAGGAACCCGCGUGUCAACCAGGAGAGAGAGUCAGCAAUUUACAUAGCAGAUCUCUUUUUUCCACGGGUCUCUCCCUGGGUGGUGGCUCUGGCAGUGAUCCUGGCUCUUGUCAUUGUCCUGGCCAUCUGCUGCAUCUGGACACAACGCAGAGCAAAAGAGACCCUGCAAACUCAUAUGAAGAAUCAGAAGGGGAUUCUGCUAACUGAAAUGGAGCGUGAGAAUGAGAGACUGCAAUCUGAACUGGCGAAACAGAAAGAUCUUGAGAUAAAGAUUCAAAUAAAAGCAAGCAAAAGGAUUAUAAUAUGGAGAUAUACCUCUCAUAUAAAACUGGAAGGAUGUUGAAAGAAAACAUAUUUCAGAGAAAGUGGAACAUGAGGCAAUGGCAGGUAAGUGCGGUUUUACUAGGUUUCAUCAAGCUUAAUCUUGGAAAGUGAACACUGAAAAUGCUGUGUAUAAAGUAAACUGAUGUGUGGUACUUGUUACAGUGACACACAAGACAAGGGGAAAUCCAGGCCUAGGACUGAUAAUAUACAGUAGAGAUUUUUAGAUAGAAAUAAUAAAUGGAAAAUUUGUGGCACUGAAAUAUGAAUAUUAAGUUUUAUUUUUCACAUUAACCCUUGGAAAAAACAAACAAACUUCACUUUCUGUCUUCAGAGAGAUCUUGUAAUAGUAAGCAGAGGUAAAUAGUGAGGUGGCAAAAUUUGCAGAGGAUACAAAACUACUCGAGAGUUAAGUACAAAGCUGACCGUGUUAAAAAGGGAUCUCACAAAACUGAGACUGGGCAACAAAAUGACAGAUGAAAUUCAAUGUUGAUAAAUGUAAAGUGAUGCACAUUGGAAAACAUAAACCCAACUAUAGAUAGCUCUGGUCAC